GAGAUAAAUAUAUCCCAAAUUCCAAUUCGUCCCCAAUACAAGCAUCACCCACAGGGAACUUACCCGGUUACUACAGAAGAAGAAACAAAAGUUCGAAAAACGGAAAAAGCGCGUAGAAAAAGUCGGAAUCCAAACAGUCCAUUAGGACCAUUACACAUCUACAAAAACAAGGGGGAGCCAGAAACGGAGGUUGACGAUCAACGGCAACAGCAGCAGCAGCGGCGGAGCAGAAAAUGGUGUCGCUCAUGAGACUGUUGAGGUACGGAGUUGGCAUAGUGGUUGUGGGGAUGGCGCUGCUCGUCGCCUUCCAGGAGAAGCUCGUGUACGUACCGGUGCUUCCGGGUGACACCAAGUCCUACGAGAGAACGCCCGCCCACCUCGGCCUCACCUACGAGGAUGUUUGGCUCCGAUCCUCUGAUGGGGUUAACCUCCAUGCGUGGUUCAUCAAGCUCUUACCCGACUGCCGAGGUCACAUCCGAUCUCCUUUUUUGGUUUAAUUUACUCUUUUUUUAAAGUUGUUGAUUCUUUGGUUUGUUUGAGCUAAUUAGGGUUUGGG